GAGUGGGGCACCAGUAGAGAGAGAGAGCGAGAGAGAGAGAGAUCAAAGCAGAGGAAGAGUCAGAGGAGGAAGAAGAGGAUGAGCGAUAGCAGCGCUGCAGAGAGAGAGCUCUGCGACGAGUGUUUACUCCACUUUUUCUGAGAGCCGGUUAUGUUCCCUCUGCGUGACUCAUGGAAGUGAUUUAGGCCGACUCUUUUAGACAUUUAGGAUCAAUGCCAGUCCUCCGAGUACAGAGAAGAAACCCCGACAACAAUCCGACCACUUCAGCAGGCAGAGAUCUUGAGGCUCAUGUGGAAGUCCGUGGACAAGAUGAGGUGCUUCAGGAAACGCUCCAUGUUCCCCUUCCUCGGCUUCCUCAUCACCUUCCUCCUCUUCUUCAACCUCUACAUGGACGAUGGAUACGUGCUGGAGGCAGAAAAGAGACAGCUGGGAGAGACCCUGAUGCAUCCUGGGAACUCAGAGAGAUACGUGCACACCUUCAGGGAUCUGUCCAACUUCUCCGGGACCAUCAACGUGACGUAUCGCUACCUCGCAGGAAUCCCUCUGCCACGCAAAAAGUAUCUCACCAUCGGUUUGUCAUCUGUGAAGAGGAAAAAGGGGAACUACCUCCUGGAGACGAUCAAAUCCAUCUUCGAUCAGUCCAGCUACGAGGAGCUCAAAGAGAUCGUGGUCGUGGUCCACCUGGCAGACUUUGACCUGGCCUGGUGUGAGAACCUGGUGCAGGAAAUCACCAGGAAGUUUGCGCACCACAUCAUAGCGGGACGCCUGCUGGUGAUCCAGGCCCCGGAGGAGUACUACCCCUCUCUGGACGGGCUGAAGAGGAACUACAACGACCCGGAGGACCGCGUCCGCUUCCGCUCCAAGCAGAACGUGGACUACGCUUUCCUCCUCAACUUCUGCACCAACCUGUCUCACUUCUACAUGAUGCUGGAGGACGACGUGCGCUGCUCCAGAAACUUUCUGACAGGGCUGAAGAAGGUGAUCACCUCCAGAGAAGGAUCCUACUGGGUGAUGCUGGAGUUCUCCAAGCUGGGCUACAUCGGGAAGCUGUACCACUCCAGAGACCUGCCGCGCCUGGCUCAUUUCCUCCUCAUGUUCUACCAGGAGAUGCCCUGCGACUGGCUGCUCAUCCACUUCAGGGGUCUGCUGGCCCAGAAGGACGUGAUCCGCUUCAAGCCCUCGCUGUUUCAGCACAUGGGCUACUACUCGUCCUACAAAGGAGCAGAGAACAAGCUGAAGGACGACGACUUCGAGGAAGACUCCAUAGACAUUCCCGACAACCCUCCUGCCAGCCUUUACACCAACAUCAACGUCUUUGAGAACUACGACGCCACCAAGGCUUACAGCACUGUGGACGAGUACUUCUGGGGGAAGCCUCCGUGCACGGGGGAUUUCUUUCUUAUAAUCUUUAACAAAUCGACUAAAAUCAGCAGGAUUAAAAUAGUGACGGGCACCGAGGACAGACAAAAUGACAUCCUUCACCACGGAGCGCUGGAGGUGGGACAGAAGUCUGUGGACACUAAACAGGGCCGGCAGUGCACGUCCUACAUCACACUGGGGGAGUUUAAAGGCGGGAGCAUCGAGGUGGACAACGUCGAUCAUAAGAUCGGCUUCGACAUCGAGUGUGUGCGGCUCGUUGUCACCGCCACUCAGAAGGAGUGGCUCAUCAUAAGGACUAUCAGCUUAUGGACCACACAGCCUGUGAGCCAGUUCAUAAAUUAACAGAGGGAAAGUAUCUUCUGUGAUGUACAGGAUUGAUUUGGGAGUUCAUUUUGGACUACUUCUGGGAAAUUAAGUUUAUGGGAUUCAAAGCUAUCCAUAUUUUCUUGGGUUGUUCAGAGAUCUCCUGUAUAGCUGCGUUUCCAACCCAUGGUACGACUCGCACAACAGAGCCGGCCAGCUAACCAAUCAGAGCAGACUGGGCUCUGCUUUCAGUCAGAGGGUGAAAAGAGGUGCUGCAUCACAGGCAGUAUGAGAAAAAUAAAGAGCUUUUUGAACAUUAAAGCAUGGAGACAUGUCACAGGAGAAACAAAAUUAGCAUAUUAUGUCCUCUUGAAAUCUUGGUUCAAGGCUCAAUGGCUAUUGACGGUAGUGUGCUAUUUAACAAAGUUUGUGAAGGAUGUCCUGUGACCAUUAUGUCUGACCGAUCAGUGAUCAUAAUUAUAAACUACAAUAAGUCUACUAGCCAGAACUGUGAACCUGUAAAUGUUACGUACCCUAAAGUUUUAUCUGUAUUUUUGAUCAAAUAUUAAAGCAAUAUGUCCAACACAAACGAUCCCGCGUUGACUAAAAGUUCAAAAUCAACUUAGAAUUCAUCAAUAUCUACCCACCGGGAGUACAGAUAUAUCCUGAAAUGGUCAGAGAGCAUCCUCAAAAAACACUCCAAUACGGUCCAAAUCAGCCAUGCCAUUUAUGUACUAUUGUCCAUUUGUCCUUUAAUGCUAAUUAACGCAACUUUUGCUCGGACAUACUAUACAUCUCUAACAUGAAACUUUGAGGUACUGAUCAUUCCUGGGUAUAGGAGCCUCUGAGCUGCCAAAUAUAAUCGACUAUAAUGGAAAAGCCAAACAGAGUAAGAGGAUGGAGCUGCCAUGCGGUGGAAACGCAGCAUCAUGAUGUUUUCUAGGGCUGAACUGAAUGUCAUGUUUUUAAUGCAAAGCUUUUAUUGAGGUGUUUGAAAGAAGCUCCACAUGUGUGUUGUCCACACCCUGAACAUAUUAUGAAAACAGCUUUAUUUUUAUUCCGGUUAUACUGUAUAAAUGUAAAUUAUGCUGCAGGGAGAUCGCUGCAUCUUUAUUACGGGUGGGUGUUUCAUUUUGUGUGCAGAGAGUUUUUUGAAGAGGACCAAAAUGAUGUUUCUAAAGGCUUUAUGCAAAUAAUAUGGAUUGAAGAAGAAUAUUUAAUCAGAUAAAAACAUGUUGUUUAUUUGGGAAGCUAUUACAUCUAUCUUUUUGCAAUAAAUGUGGACUUUACAAAGUGUUGGAGUUAAUUGAAAUGUUAGAUCACUGGAGUCUGAAACAAACACAGCCACCACUGAAAUCUACUUGUUAACGGUAUAAUAAUAUUAAUACCAUAGCCCUGUCUUUAUCUGUAACUGUGCAGAAAAACCUGGUUUGGACAGAAUUAAUUGACAUUUUGCUUCUGCAUUUCUUUUUGGUACAGCCCUUUUGUUUUAAAUGUAUUAAAAUGACUAAUCUGUUCAGUGUGGAACCUUUA